AUGUCUAGUGUUUAUACGUCAGAUUUGAAAAAUCACAGAAGAGCUCCUCCGCCGCCUAUAGUCAAAAAUGGCCUAAGCUCAAACUUGAACUCCUCAGUCAUUGGAGCUGCUGCAAUAGGUACAAAUUCACUGCUCAGGCCUAUCGAUUUGAAUUUGAACUUGAGCAAACGUCAUUCAGGAUGGGUGCAUGUCAAAGACGACGGGUUAUUCACUUCUUUCAGAUGGAACAAACGGUUUAUGAGUAUCAACGAUAGAACUCUCAAUUUCUACAAGUCAGAGCCUAGUCCUCAAGAGAGCUCAAUACCGGAUUUAUCGUUUCCCUUGAAUUUAAUAAGCACUAUUCACUUGAAACCACAAACGGGUCAUAAUAGAACAGCGCAAUCUUUUGAAAUUGUACCAAAGAAUAACGGAAGAUCGAUUUUGAUAUCGGUAAAGACAAGCAACGAUUAUUUGGACUGGCUAAAUGUUUUCGCUGCAAGGUGUCCUUCGGUACAGAUUGGCCAAUCGUCAUCGUCGGUGUUGGCUUCAUCAACUGUCGUGUCUUCACAAUCAUCUUCAGGUUUCAAUUUCACGUCCCUGCUAUCGCCUUUGAGUGUCUCGACAAAUUUGAAUACAGGAGGCUCAUCACUACUCAAUGGAGGCAACUCGAGUGUUUCAAGCCCAAUUAACUUUACCCAUAAAGUCCAUGUAGGAUUUGACCCAGCUAGCGGUAAUUUCACCGGCUUACCUGAAACUUGGAAAAGUUUGUUACAACAUUCAAAAAUUACAAACGAAGAUUGGAAAAAGGAUCCAGUUGCCGUUAUCGAGGUUUUGGAAUUUUAUUCAGACAUAAAUGGAGGAUCUAAUGCAGGAACACCAAUUGGAUCGCCUGUGAUUAGUAACAUUAACUACAAGAACAACAACAACAACAAUAACAACAACAAUAACAAUAACAAUAACAAUAACAACAACAACAACAACACCAAUAACAUUAAGAUCUCCAGUAUGGAGGACAAGAAUACAAACUCGAAUCUACAAGAAUGGACGAAACCUCCUCCAAAGAGCAAUACUACUCAAUUCAAGCCAAGUAGAGCGGCUCCAAAGCCACCAAUUCCUCACAACUCGAACCAAGCAGGCAACAAUGUGCCUGAAAACAGAAACUAUUCACCUUUGACUAGCUUGCUAGACAAAUCCGAGACUUUAAAUAAUAGCCACAAAGAUGAAAACCUCAUUGCAGUGAGAAGAGCUCCACCACCACCACCGUUGGCCUCAAGCAAUUUAAAACAUGAAAUUCAUACGCUAAACCAACAGCCAAGCUCUACAAUGCCUAGACAGUCUCCACCAAAACCACCAUCACUUGGAUCAAACUUCAACAAUAAAUAUUUAGCCAACAAUAUACAUUCUGAAAUUAGAAUCGAGAAAGGUACAGCUCCUUUUGUAAGUAAUAAGGAAAAUACAAAUGAAGUGCAAAAUAAACAGCUGAUAAAUCCAUCAUUACAUUUUGACAAAGACAAAGACAAAGAUAGAAAUAUUCCCACCACUGCUAACACUUCUGUUACAGCUAUCCCCCCAAUCCGCACUCAACAGCAGCAACAGCAAAAGCCACCACCACCGCACCAUCAACAACAACAAGCUCCUUUUAGUGGUCCUACCGGUGUCUCUCAUCUGGUAACGAAACCAUUAAACCCAAUAAUUGAGCCUAUUAAGUCACUACAGUUGAAAGCAAAAGCCCAACCGUUUGAAAAAUCCAAGAAUGGUGUUCAACCAGCUCCAACCGGUCCAGCUGUGACUAAAGGAGCCAAACAAUUGAAAAAGGAAAGAGAGAGGUUGAAUGACUUGCAAGUGCUUGCGAAAUUGAAGACAGUAGUCAACAGCAAUGACCCCAUCCCGCUAUUUAGAAUUAUCGAAAAAGCAGGGCAGGGUGCAAGUGGAAACGUUUAUUUGGCAGAGAUGAUAUCUGAGCGCAAGAAGAUUGCAAUCAAACAAAUGGAUUUGAAUGUGCAACCACGCAAAGAGCUUAUUAUCAAUGAGAUAUUAGUAAUGAAGGACAGCCAACAUAAGAAUAUUGUGAAUUUCUUGGACUCCUAUUUGCGCAAGGAUACGGAAUUGUGGGUCAUCAUGGAGUAUAUGGAAGGAGGCUCAUUAACGGAAAUCAUUGAAAAUAAUGAUUUCAAACUAAGUGAGAAACAAAUUGCCACGAUAUGUUUUGAGACAUUGAAGGGAUUACAACAUUUACACAAGAAGCACAUAAUUCACAGGGAUAUCAAAUCGGACAAUGUUCUCUUGGAUGCACACGGAAACGUAAAGAUUACUGAUUUUGGAUUUUGUGCUAAAUUAACCGAUCAAAGGAACAAAAGAGCAACCAUGGUUGGAACUCCAUAUUGGAUGGCGCCUGAAGUUGUUAAACAGAAGGAGUAUGAUGAGAAGGUUGAUGUCUGGUCGCUUGGUAUAAUGACUAUUGAGAUGAUAGAAGGAGAGCCACCAUAUUUGAAUGAAGAGCCCUUAAAGGCAUUAUAUCUUAUUGCCACCAAUGGUACGCCCAAGUUAAAAAAACCAGAGUUAUUGAGUAAUUCUAUCAAGAAGUUUCUAUCCAUUUGUUUAUGUGUUGAUGUUAGAUAUAGAGCUACUACUGACGAAUUAUUGGAGCAUUCCUUUAUACAGCACAAGUCGGGCAAAAUCGAAGAAUUGGCACCACUUUUAGAAUGGAAAAAGAAUCAACAACAACAGCAGCAGCAAAAAGAGCAACAGAUAAAAGAACAACAGCAAGCACAACAGCAACAACCGUGUAACGGGUAA